GGUGAUGGGCUACAAUCCUCUCUCUGCUAACUCCCAGCGUUUUUAGAGAGGCGUUAAGAGGGUAAAACAUUUUGCAACAACAAUAGAAAGGGAGCUUUUCUUAUUGGACAAUUUCAGAUAGUACAGUACCUCCCUGCUUCACUGUGUUUAGGACUGCCAUCUUCUGGUUAGUGCUGACUGACCACAACACUGCUGUGCCGAGGCCUUGCUGCUGAGUGGAUCCUGUACAGAUAUCUGUCGGGGUUGUUGGUGAGGGGCAGUGAAGUCGCCCCUUGGCUUUGUGAGUGUCUUUAAAUUGUCGUUUGGAUGUAUUGGCUCCAGUAGGAAAGUAAAAAAAAAAAAAAAAAAUUCCCCUGAAAGAAGAGUUAUUUGUGAAGUGUGUUGGAUCUGGGUUAUUUAAAGAGUUGGCUUUCCAGAGGACCGACAGUGAGGAGUCAGAAUGUCGUUUAGGUCGUCCCUUGGCGUCUCGGCCGAGCGUUUGGGCUCUAUGUGUAAGAGAUGGAUGGCUCGUGUCCAAAGCAACGGCAGCAACAGCAGCAAGAUGAAUGGUUCUAUGGAGAACCUGGAUACCCCUGACCAUGACUCCAUCAAGAUGUUCGUUGGCCAGAUCCCCCGCUCCUGGACGGAAACUGAGCUCAAGGAGCUGUUCGAGCCAUACGGGGCCGUGCACCAGAUCAACAUCCUCCGAGACCGCACUGCCACACCCCCCCAAAGCAAAGGAUGCUGUUUUGUAACGUUUUAUACCAGAAAAGCCGCCCUGGAGGCCCAGAAUGCAUUGCACAACAUAAAGACCUUAACAGGGAUGCAUCAUCCCAUCCAGAUGAAACCCGCUGACAGCGAGAAAACAAACGCGGUGGAAGACAGAAAGCUCUUCAUUGGAAUGGUGACAAAGAAAUACGGCGAGAACGAGGUCCGGAUGAUGUUCUCUGCUUUUGGACAGAUAGAGGAAUGCCGAAUUCUCAGAGGACCUGACGGUCUGAGCAGAGGCUGUGCGUUUAUCACAUUUUCUACCAGGGCUCAGGCCGCGAAUGCAAUCAAAACCAUGCAUCACUCUCAGACUAUGGAGGGCUGCUCCUCUCCCAUGGUGUGUAAGUUUGCGGACACUCAGAGGGACAAAGAGCAGCGGCGUCUGCAGCAGCAGAUGGCCCAACAGAUGCAGCAGCUCAACAGCGCCUCCACCUGGGGAAACCUGGCAGGGCUGGGAGGCCUCACCCCACAGUACUUGGCAUUGCUCCAACAGGCGACAUCUACCGGUAACCAGAGUAAUUUUGGUGGCAUGCAGAGGCUAGGAGGUGUGAACCAGCUGCAGCUGCAGAACCUGGCCACGUUAGCUGCUGCUGCCUCUGCAGCCCAGAACUCAGGCGGCGGCUCCAAUGCCUUGUCAGCCAACGGCGCUCUUGGUAAUCUCUAUAACUCAGCAGCAGGCCAGACGGUAGGCUCCAGCGCUGGUGCAGCCAUGAACACCCUGGCCUCUCUGGGCCUGACCCAGGGCCUCGGCGGGGGCCUGACGGGGGCCUCCAUGGGUCUCAACAACCUCAACGCCCUCACUGGGGGUGUCAGCGGUGAGUACUCCAACCGAAUGGCGGCUAUGAACGGAGGACUGGGGGCCUCGAUGGCGAACGGCUCGGGGGCGAGUUCCAUGGACGCACUGACUCAGGCCUACUCAGGGAUGCAGCAGUACACGGCCUCCGCUCUGCCUUCCCUCUACAGCCAGUCCCUACUGCAGGGAGCAGCCGGCGGGAGCCAGAAGGAGGCCGGGAGCCAGAGGGAGGGUCCUGAGGGAGCCAACCUGUUCAUUUACCACCUGCCCCAGGAGUUUGGAGACCAGGAUGUCCUUCAGAUGUUCAUGCCUUUUGGAAGUGUCGUCUCUGCCAAAGUCUUCAUCGACAAACAGACCAAUCUGAGCAAGUGCUUCGGGUUUGUCAGCUACGACAAUCCGGUGUCGGCACAGGCCGCCAUCCAGGCCAUGAACGGCUUCCAGAUCGGCAUGAAGAGGCUCAAGGUGCAGCUGAAGCGCUCUAAGAACGACAGCAAACCCUACUGAUCUUACCCAGGGCCUUUUUCCCCAGGCUCUAUGUUAGCAUUACAAGGAAAAAAUCUCCAUGCCUGUUUGCUCAUCGUUAGCCUAGCAUGUCCUCAUGGUGUUGAAAGCCAACCCAAAACUCCUCCUCUUCCUCCCGGCUACUCCUCAUCAUCCUCCCACCAUUGUUGUCUCUGAUGUCUCGCUAAAGCUCGCCUGACCAAUAGGCUACCUGACCACACCCCCCCCCCACUGACCUUUGACAUAUGAAAUUUGACCAUAGCUCAACCUGAUUGGUUGUAUCCAAAAUGGCACCCUGUAUAGUGCACUACUUCUGACCAAAGCCUUUUUGAUCAGUGCUAGGUGCUGCACUAUAUAGGGAAUAGGCUGCCAUUUUGGAUAAGUCCAAUUUCUUUCGCAUGUAACUUCAUUUUUCUCUAGUUUUUCUGUAUAAAUGUAAUGGGAGGGAAGGGAGGGAGGACAAGCAAAAUCAAUGUGAAAUCUUACCUGCGCUUAUUUCAUUUAAGAGACUAUUUAGCAAAUGCAGAAAAAAACAUUGUUUUAAAAGCCUGUGGGAUAGUUUAUUCUUUCUUUUUACAUUUUGUAAUUUGCUUGUUUUUAUGUUGUUUCUUUUAACCUCUUCUCUCGGUCUAAAGUUCACUUGAAAGUUUUAAUACAGGGACUAGCACAGCACGGUGCUACUUUGUGCCAUUAGCAAUAUGCUGGCUUCUGAAACAACAUACUAUAAGGCUGUGUCUGAAAUGACACCCUAUUCCCUAUUUAGUGCACAGAUUGUUAUUCGCCGCCAGAGCUCUAGUCAAAAGUGUAGUGCACUAUGUAGGGAAAAGGGUGCCAUUUCGGCACCCUAAGACCACUCGACUAGCAAAACAAUUUUGAAAACAAGUCUGAUUAUCAACCAGAAUGCCCCUCAGAGCGUUGUUAUGGUUUUUCACAUUUAAUAUUCAAGAAGGCAUUGUAAAGAUUUUCAAUUUUCUCGCUAAGGCUGUUGGUGACUUGGUUUUCAUUAAUGAAAAUAUAACAGUUUAUUUACCUAUUUAGCUUUAUUCUUUAUUCCCCCAAAAAAUAUUUACGGCACAAUUAAAAGGUAGAUUUGCUAUGACUACCUACAUGAACUUUUUAGAACUGAUUCACAAAUAGACAAUCUGUGGUUUAAAUGCACACUUAGAUUACCUAUAUUUUAUACCAUUGAAUCUAUAGAAGUUUAGGUUAACUUUGGGGUUAUUUUGUAGAUUAUGUUGUAAUGUCAUCUGCUAGGGUCUAAGUGUUUCAAGUUUUUAAAGAGGAUAAAAAAAAUAAAAAAAUGUUUGCUCGAUCAACACAACCUUUCGAAAAAUAAAUGUCAUUACGAGUGGUGAUGUAAUUCCUACUUAACUUACAUGUACAGUGCCUUCAGAAAGUAUUCAUACCCCUUGACUUAUUCCACAUUUUGUUAGUCUGAAUUCACAAUGGAUGACUAGAUUUUUCUCCCCUCACUCAUCUACACACAAUGUCCCAUAAAGUGACUGUGAAAACAUGGUUUCAGAAAUUUUGGCACAAAUUAUUGACAAAUUUAAAUACAAAAAUAUAUAAUUUAAAUAAGUAUUUGCACCCGAUUCAAUACUUUGUAGAAGCACCUUUGACAGCGAUUACAGCUGUGAGUCUUUCUGGGUAAAGGUGUCCGCAUGCUUCCCAGCUGAAACAGUUCAGUGGAGUUUGAAUAUAUUAUGACGACAUUUUGUGACGUUUUUGUUCGUUUGGACUUCUGUGAUGAUUUUUUUGGUGAUUGGUCAACAGUAGGGAUUCUUUAAUAAAGUCUUUGUCAUUCAACAAGAGACUACUUGUUUUCAUGCAAAUGUUUUAAUUGAAAAAUACUGCACGAAACAACUUAGAUGUAAAAUUGCCCGACUAAAAUAAAUCUUCAUCAAAAUGAAUUACAGAUUUCUUGAGUUAUCUUAGAUGAAUUCUUACUGAGGAAGUGUAUACUGACUACGGCGUCUCAAAAUAGACUAACCGUACUAUUUCCGCUUCUUUCUCGUUUUUCAAGUGAAGGUCAUUUAACUAGGCUAGCCGAGUUCGGCUAGGUGCCAGCCUAACUGAAGCAUGCAAAUUUGACCAUUUGUUCUUAAAAAAAAAAAAAUUCAAGCUCUGUCAAAUUGGUUGUUGAUCAUUGCUAGACAACCAUUUUCAGGUCUUACCGUAGAUUUAAGUCAAAACUGUAACUUGGCCACUCCGAAACAUUCACUGUCUUCUUGGUAAGCAACUCCAGUGUAGAUUUGGCAUUGUGUGUGAGGUUGAAAGGUGAAUUCAUCGGCCAGUGUCUGGUGGAAAGCAGACUGAACCAGGUUAUCCUCUAGGAUUUAGCCUGUGUUUAGCUCCAUUCUGUCUUUUUUUUUUUAUCCUGAAAAACUCCUCAGUCCUUAAUGAUUUACUUUGUGAAUUGCUUUGCUAAUUUUUUUCAGUAUUAAUUUAGUGCCUUGUUGCAAACAUUAUGCAUGUUUUGGAAUAUAUUUAUUUUUCUGUACAGGCUUCCUUUUCACUCUAUCAAUUAGUAGGUUAGUAUUGUUGCGUAACUACAGUUUUCUCCUAUCACAGCCAUUAACUGUUUUAAAGUCACCAUUGGCCUCAUGGGAAAAUCCCUGAGCGGUUUCCUUCCUCUCCGGCAACUGAGUUGUGGUGUCUGGGUGUAUUGAUAUACCAUACAAUGUGUAAUUAAUAACUUCACCAUGCUCAAAGGGAUAUUCAAUGUCUGUUUUUUUUGCCCCAUCUACCAAUAGGUGCCCUUCUUUGCGAGGCAUUGGAAAAUCUCCCUGGUCUUUGUGCUGAAUCUGUGUUUGUACUUCACUGCUCAAUUGAGGGACCUUACAGAUAAUUGUAUGUGUGGGGUACAGAGAGAGCCAUUCAAAAUUCAUGUUAAACACUUUUGCACCCUGAGUCCAUGCAACUUAUUUUAUGAACUUAUUUAUACUUGCCAUAACAAAAGGGUUGAAUACUCAGAUUUAAAAAAAAAAAUGUUUUUAUUAAUUUGUCAAUUUCGAAUAACGUUAUUCCACUUUGACAUUAUGGGGUAUUGUGGGUAGGCCAUGGACCAAGAAAAUCUAUAUUUGAAAUUCAAGCUGUAACAAAACAAAAUGUGGAAAAAGUCAAAGGGGUGUGAAUACUUUCUGAAGUCACUGUAUUGUCAGAAUUCCUUUAUGGAUUAUUAGCUUUUUUUGGACACAUCAGUUAAUAGAUUGUCAUUGUCAUCUUGGGGAGUAUAUAGACUGAAUUUGUUUUUGUUUUUUCCUACUUUAAAAAAAGACAACGAUUAAAACUUAGUAUUAAAUUCUUACUUAAGGUACUUGAGAAUUUUUGGUGAAUUUCUUCUUGAUGAGAAUUUAUUUGAUAAAUGGAUGUUUCAGUUUUUGUUUAGUGUAGAUGCCUCGUAUCGAAAUAUAAUGUCUCUUAACACAGAAGACAGAGAAUGCUUUUUUGUUUAAAGUGCCCAUGUGUCAAACUCACACACACAGUAUUUUAAGUUCUUACAAUAUGUGAAGGUGCCCAUUUUCACACACACACACACACACACACACACUUUGUUUUGUGACAGUAAAAAACACUCGGAGCCCCUGAACGUGAGCGAGAAUUUUUAUUUGGUCACUCACACACACAUUGAAUUUCUUUGUUGGUGAUAAGAUAUUAGUUUAUCACACAUUAAAAAAGCUAUUUUCUAUUCAAAACUUACGCACAGUAUCUAUGUGUUAACACUGCUCAACUCACCCCCACCAAAACAGUGUUGGUUUACAAAAGCAUUCCAUGGUUCAGCAUAAAGUUUACUACUCCAAACAGAAGUGUGUCUUUUAUAGGGGUGAUAAUGGACUAGCCUACUUUCUGUCAGUUGAACUGCGAAGCUGAUGGGUCAGCUCAAAUCAUUUACAUUCAGCCCCCCCAAAGAAAGGUUCCCCAAAAAGAAAAAUGUGUACCGGGGUCGUAUUCACUAGGCACAAAACAGAAUCGAGCAUGGGAGACUAUCUGAACUUGCCCAAUAAGAUCGGCUUGUUUUCAUUUUCCGUUGCAAAACGUUUUGCUACGGUGUGCCCUAAUGACUACGACCCAAAUGGUUCUAAACAAGGGUUGUCAACUCAGGGUCCUUUGUGUUUGAGAUUCAGCUCUGUGUGGAAGAUGCAAGCACUGCGUAAGGUGUCUUUCGCAACAGAUUUGGGAUUAACAAGACACAAAAUGCACAAUUGUUGCCAUUUUAAACACUUUAUUUUUUUUUUAUCACCACAGAUGGCACCAGUUUUAGCUUGGGAGUUCUAGCAGCACUUGUUGAGAGGAGUUUAGAGUUUUGUUUGUUGAAUGGGAGUGGUUUAUGUCAGUUAUUAGCAGAAAUGUUAGGGGAAAUGUUCACUUUUUUGCUAAUCUUUUUGUCUUUGAAGCAUGGGUUGGUGGCACUUCCCAGAACUACCAAGGUACUACUAAUAAAACAAUAUUUUGCGUUCAAUAUGAUGGAGCAUGUGCUUUUUGCAGUGUGUUUUUAUAUCCAAAUACAAUAAUCAAAGUGCCAUAUUAUGUCUAGAAACUGCCUACACAGAUACUAUUAGGCCAAGGUUGUUAUUAUUAGAGAUUGCUGAAGUUAGGUCACGCUCUUUUAUUUUUUAUUUUGGCAUGCUUGUUAUUAUAUUGAUACCAGUGUGUCAUUAAGGCUAAAUCACCCUCUGUUUUUCCCCCCACUUUGUGUCAAGUUAUUGGUUCAAAUGUAAUGUGAUGUGUGAAUUUUAACACAUUGGCAAGUCAUUUUUUAAAAUUAUUAUACAAGAAAAACCCGACACUUUCGAAGAUAAAAUCCCCUUGUUGGUGAGUGACAGAGUUGAGUACUUUAAGGUACGGUCACAGAUUAUGUAUAUUAUGAAUGCUUGUUAUUGGGCAAAAUGGUAGUGGUUGUAUUUUGAUUUAUUGAUUAUAAUAGAAAUAUCAUUUUUUGCAUCAACCAAAACCUGGGAAGUGUGCCAUAUUAUAAACAUUGAUUUGUCUUUGACAGUUUUCAAAAAAUGAUUUAGUAUGUAGGCUACAACAAACUGAUAACUAAUGUUAGUUAAUAUUGAAUUGAUUAUAACAGGUAGUUAGUUCUAAAACUAUUGUAAAAAGAAGUGUUACUGAAAAUGUUGAAAUAUAAGCACAAUAUAAAAUCACACAUGGGUCAGGGUAUAGGAACUUGAGACUCACUUCGGGGGCUUCUGUCACAACCACCAUUUUUGGAUUGCGUUCCAAAUGGCACCCUACUCCCUACAUAGUGCACUACUUUUGACCAGGGCCCAUGGGGAAUAGGGUGCCAUAUUGGAUGUCGUCUCAGUAUUUCUGUCACUGCUCACUGCUCUCUCAUACUCUGAAGUGCUAUUUGACAAAGUAUGUGGUAGCUUUGCGUCUCUUAGAUAUUGUCUUGGUCAACAAUCUAUCUGUCCUCGUUCUGUACCAUUUUUUAUUGUCUGAUUAAUAAUUGAUAUGAAUUCUUUGUUCAUGUUCUUCUCCACAUAAAUGAUUUGAUAGAUGUUUGUGUUGUCUUGAGAAAAACCAAAGUCGCGGUGCAUCUUGAUGUUAUCUGAUCUGUAAAGCAUUAUUACAGUAGUGAUUUUCUGUUUUAAUUAACAAACUUUUUUAAAACUUGGGUGGGAUUUGAAAAUAACAAAAUGACAAAAACAGGCUCUUUCCAAUUUCUACAAUACUGGUUGUUGAUAUGUAUUUUGUACCAGUGAAGCUUUUUUAUAUUGGAAAUAAUUAAAGAAAAAAAUCUAUAUUGGAAAAAAAUGUCUGGCCUCUCUAUAAGGCCUCGCCUUGAAUGUGGGUCCUGAGUUAGGCUUCUUGGUGGUCGUCAAUGAGAACAGUUUUGGUAGUAUGUUUUAUUUCUUAAAAUAACCUUAAUUUUGAUUUCAUUAACUUGCUCUCUACAUGUUCCUCACUUUGUUAUUCACUUUUUUUUGGGGGGGGGUCCUCUAAAAUUGUGGUAAGUUUCAUGUUAGUAGUAUUGUGCUCUGUCCACAUGGUUAUUAUAAAUGACCAUCCGGAUUGAUUAUAGGCAACUUGUGUGGAUGGAUAAAUAAAUGUAUUAGUUUAAUAGAAAGUUAAUUAUUUGUUGUUUUAGUUCUGGGCUUUUUGCUUUUUACCUGUGUCGUUAGAUUUUUCUGUUUUUACCAUAGAAUGAGUGGUGUGUAGUUGGAAAGCCAAGUCGAUGUUUUAUUUGGUAAAUGUUUGUUCAUGUGUGGUGUUUCUUUGCCUCUGUCUCCAAAAUUAAACCAUUUUCCCCUAAUA